AGCUUGGAGAGUAGAUUUACUAAGAAACUCCUUCAGCUGUGUGGAUAUGGCGCGCAAAUUCAUCGUGGGUGGCAAUUGGAAAUGCAACCCUGCAUCAGCGAAGGAGGCAAAUUCUCUCCUGAAGGAAUGGAAAAAGGGGCUUCCGAAUGUGGAUAAGAGUAAGGUGGACGUGGUGAUUUGCCCUCCGGCCCUGUGGAUGUCCACCUUGGCCCCGUCCAUUGAGGGCCUGGGUAUGGAGGUUUGUUCGCAGAACGUGGGCAAGACCGAUGCUGGCGCAUUUACAGGUGAGUGGACAGCUGGAAACCUGCUGGAUUUGGGCAUCAAGUGGACCUUGAUUGGCCACUCGGAACGUCGCACCAAAUAUGGCGAGACCGACGCAGAUGUCGCAGAGAAGGUUGGCAAGUGCCAAGACAUCGGCGUAAAUGUGAUCCUGUGCAUUGGUGAGACGCUGGAGGAACGUGAAGGUGGAAAGACUGACGAGGUGAACAAGCGCCAGCUAGGGGCGGUGAUUCCGAAGGUGAAGGACUGGGACAAGAUCGUGAUUGCAUAUGAGCCUGUUUGGGCCAUUGGCACCGGCAAGGUUGCCACACCUGAUCAGGCUGAAGAGACACAGGCAGCCAUCCGUGAGUACCUCAAGUCCGCGGUGAGUGCUGCUGUUGCCGACAAGGUCCGGAUUCAGUACGGUGGCAGCGUCACCCCUGAGAACUGCGCGGAGCUGAUUACAAAGCCUAACAUUGAUGGAUUCUUGGUGGGCGGAGCUUCCUUGAAGCCAUCCUUCAUGGAUAUCGUUUCCAAGGUUGGACCCUCUAAGAUGGCUGACAUGUGGCCAAAGUUCGAAGAGAAGAUGAAGAAGGAUGAUAUGAAUGAGACCGCCAUGGCCGCAUUCAAGUACACUUAUGGUGUCCUUGUCUCCGGUGCUGAUGUCAUGAUUCCAGAGAGCAAGUUAGAUCCGGUCGAGUCGCUCAUGGAGUAUGAGAAGCUGAAGGAAAAGCCAGACCCUCGUCUCUUGAAGAAGACCUUGAUCCUCAAGUUGAAUGGUGGCUUGGGCACCGGUAUGGGCUUGGACAAGGCUAAGUCCCUGUUGGAGGUCACAGGAGGCCUCACUUUCCUGGAUUUGAUUGCGAAGCAAGUGGCUUCUAUGAAGAAGGAAUUUAAGACAGACCUGAAGUUUAUGCUCAUGAACUCCUUUUCAACCUCCAAGGACACGUUGGAAGCUUUGUCCAAAUAUCCAGAGUUGGGCACUGGUUCGGACUUGGAGUUUGUGCAGAACAAGGCUCCCAAGGUCACGGCCAGCGACAUGAGUCCGGCUGAGUGGCCCGCGCAGCCGGACCACGAAUGGUGCCCACCGGGGCAUGGCGAUCUCUACCCAGCCAUGCUCGGGAGCGGGACACUAGAGAAGCUGCUGAAGAAAGGUUACCGAUACAUGUUCGUUUCCAACUCGGACAACUUGGGCGCGACUAUGGACCUCAAGAUCCUGAGUCAUUUUGUGCAAUCCGGCGCACCUUUCAUGAUGGAAGUGGCAGAGCGAACAGAUGCGGACAAGAAGGGCGGUCAUUUGGCAAAGGACAAGGCCACGGGUGGCCUCCUGUUGCGCGAAAGUGCGCAAUGUCCUGAGGAGGAUGAGAAGGAAUUUCAGAAUGUUGGCAAGUACAAGUUUUUCAACACCAACAACCUCUGGGUGGACCUGGUCGCCUUGAAGCGUGAGUUCCGACGGAACGACGGGGCGCUCCCUUUGCCCGUCAUGAAGAAUGCCAAGACAGUGGAUCCCAGAGACAAGAAAUCCACGGCGGUCCUGCAAUUGGAGACCGCCAUGGGUGCCGCCAUCCAGUGCUUCCAAGGUGCCAGCGCUUUGGUCAUUCCACGAUCGCGUUUUGCACCUGUGAAGACCACCAAUGAUCUCUUGGCUCUCCGCUCGGAUGCUUACACACUCACCGAGGACUUCACCAUUGUCUUGGCAGCUGAGCGUCAAGGUGUGCCUCCGGAUGUAAAGCUGGAUGGCAUGUACAAGUUCAUGGAUGCCUUGGAAAAGUUGAUCCCCAACGGUCCACCGUCCUUGAUCAAUUGCAAGAAGCUGGUGGUGGAAGGACCUAUGACCUUUGGUAAGGAUGUGGUCAUUAAAGGAAGCGUCACCGUGAAAAACACCAGCGGAACAGAGAAGGAACUGGCUGCUGGAGUCUAUGAGGACAAAACAGUGGAGCUUUGAGCCCCGUGCCGCGGAUGGUUGAUUACUUAGGCGAUUUUGCAGCGCUUGCUACGCCGAUUUCCAGGCAAUGUGAGCAUUUUUCGCUUUGUAGAGGUGCUGCUGCGUCAUGCUGGUGCUUCUGGGCAUACUAUGGCAUACC